GUACCUGAACUGCAUCAACACAAUAUUUCGCCAAGUGGUAUAGUUCUGGGUGGCAAUUUAAGCUUAACUGACGCAAUGACAGUAUUUCAAGAGGCUGCUAAAUGCAAUGGUUUCGAGUAUUGUCAACAACUUUGGAACCACUUCGACUUAAUUGCAAAUGUACCUGUGCGCAAUAUGGGCACCUUAGCCGGCAAUUUAAUGAUAAAAUACUACCGCAAAGAUUUCCCCUCUGACGUUUUCAUUGUUUUUGAGGCAUUAAAUGCUAAAAUAUCGCUUCUCGAGAGCGCCAAAAAAGAGAAGACGGUGACAAUUGCAGAGUUUCUGAAAACUUCGAUGCGCGGUAAAGUCAUAAGAGCAAUCAUUCUUCCGCCAUAUUCACGCGCGCAAUACAUCUUUGAUUCCUACAAGAUUAUGAUUAGGGCACAAAACGCGCACGCCUACGUGAAUGCCGCUUUCCUCAUAAAUACCGAAAAGCCCAGCCAUAAAGUCAAAUCGGCGCGGCUAUGUUUUGGUGGUAUAAAUCCUGAUUUCGUUCAUGCAACAGAACUGGAAAAGAUACUAGCUGGUAAACAAUUACAUGAUCCUGAACUUGUUGCAAAGUUGUUUUCGAUAGCUGGGCAGCACUUCGUUGCCGAUGCAGUUUUGCCAGACGCAUCUCCUGAAUAUAGGCAAAAAUUAGCUUGUGGCCUUAUUUUUAAAUUUCUUUUGCGGCAUGCACCGUCUAGCGCAAUUCCAGAAAAGCUGCGCAGUGGAGCAGAGAUUCUUAAGCGACCAAUAUCUUCGGGUAAACAAGUGUACGAAAGUGUGAAGGCAGAGUUUCCUGUUCACCAGCCGACAGUAAAAUACGAAGGUGUGAUGCAGACUGCUGGGGAAGCCACCUAUUCAAAUGACGUUCCCGUACAGCCGAAUCAAUUGUGGGCUGCCUUUGUUACAGCCAAGAAAGUCGGCGCUAUAGUAACACAUAUAGAUACCUCUAAAGCACUGAAAUUGCCUGGAGUUGUAGCCUUCUUUUCUGCUAAAGACAUACCUGGAAAAAAUACAAUUUGUGGCAGUGAACAAUUUGUCUUUACCGAGAACGAGGAGCUAUUUCCAAGUGGUGCUAUUAAAUUUUAUGAUCAACCAAUCGGUGUUAUAGUAGCCGAGUCUAAUACCAUUGCCAAUCAUGCUGCUGGGCUGGUGGAGCUCACUUAUGCCGGCGGUGCCAACGAAGUUUUACCCACGCUCCAUGAUGUUUUGGACAGCGCCUGCGCGGAUAGAAUUGAUCAUACCGUCAAGUCCCUAAUCGAGACAUUAAAAAUUGAAGAAAAAUACGAUGUCCAUGGGUCUGGAAAAUUAGAUUUGGGCUUGCAGUAUCAUUACUUCAUGGAACCACACAGCACCGUGGUAAUUCCGUUCGAAGGUGGGCUGGAAGUAUAUGCGGCGGCUCAGUGGAUGGACUUGGUUCAGGGCGUUCUGUCUGAAUUGCUUAAUAUAAAAGUUAAUGAGAUUCAAGUUAAAGUACGGCGACUGGGUGGCGGAUAUGGUGGUAAGGGAACCCGCAACGUUCCAGCUUCUUGUGCUGCCGCAUUGGCUGCCUUCAAGCUUAACCGUCCGGUGCGUUUCGUACAAUCUAUAGAGUCGACGAUGAAUGUUCUUGGAAAACGUUGGGCUUUCCAUUCAGAUUAUGAUUUCUACGUUAAAAAUACAGGCAAAAUAGUGGCACUGCGUAAUAUAUUCUACGAAGAUGCCGGUUGCUCAGCCAAUGAAUCUCCUCUGGGACACACUGUCUUGCUGGGUAAAAAUUGCUAUGAAUUCAGUGAUAACUACAAGUUGGAUGGCUAUAUGGUGUUCACCGAUUCGCCUAGUAAUACAGCGUGCCGUGCACCUGGCUCUGUGGAAGGAAUUGCCAUGAUUGAAAAUAUACUCGAGCAUAUUUCCUUCGAGACGGGAUUGGAUCCCGUAGACGCUCGCAUUGCCAACCUAAUUUCGGGUCAUAAAAUGUGCCAAGUUUUGUCAUACUUUGUAGAAAGAACGGAUUACAGAGCCCGAAAGCAGGCGGUAAAAAGUUUUAAUGAAAAUAAUCGCUGGCGUAAGAAGGGUCUCGGCAUCGCUAUAAUGGAGUACCAUAUCGGUUACUUUGGCCAAUUUCCGGCCACUGUGGCAAUUUAUCACACCGAUGGCACUGUGAUUAUUUCACAUGGUGGUGUUGAAAUGGGUCAAGGUAUGAAUACCAAGAUCGCUCAAUUAGCGUCUUUUGAGCUGGGUAUACCAAUGAAUAUGGUGCGAUUCGAAAACAGUAAUACUGUCAACGGUGCAAACAGCAUGGUAACUGGCGGCUCAAUCGGUAGCGAAACAAUUUGUUUUGCCGUACGCAAGUGUUGCAAUACAAUCAAAGAACGACUGAAGCCAGUGCGCGAAUCCCUGAAAAACCCCACAUGGCUAGACGUCAUACAGUCAGCUCAUAGUCAACAUAUUAGUCUGAUUGCAAACGAUAAUUGUAAGCCGGACGACAUGGAUCCCUACACUAUUUGUGCCCUGGGCCUAAUUGAGGUUGAGGUUGACAUACUCACGGGCAAUUAUCAGUUACCACGGGUGGAUAUAUUGGAGGAUGCUGGCGAGAGUUUGAAUCCAAAUGUGGAUAUAGGACAAAUUGAGGGUGCCUUUAUGAUGGGCCUCGGCUAUUGGACUUCGGAGGAGAUAAUUGUCGAUAGAAAUACGGGAGAGAUGAAGACAAAUCGUACAUGGAACUACAAGCCACCUGGCGCUAAAGAUAUACCGAUCGAUUUCCGUAUUGAAAUGUUGCCAGGUAGUCCAAAUCCGGCUGGAUUUAUGCGUUCCAAGGCGACGGGUGAGCCGGCGAUAUGUUUGCCAAUAGCAGUAGGCUUUGCUUUACAAGAGGCUUUACAAUCCGCACGUUCGGAUGCUGGGUUGGCAAAAGAAUGGAUUCCGCUGACGGCGCCAAUGACUCCCGAAAGAGUUUUGCUAAAGUCAGGCACUGAUCCCAGCAUGUUCCAGUUGAAGUGAAGAUAAGCGUUCAAAUAUUUGCACGUAUUUAUUAUAAGAAUGUUGAUAAAGCGUUUUUGGAUUAGAAUAAGCAAAGUUUCCAAGUAAAAUUUUUAUUUGUUGUAAUCAAACUUAACGAUCAAAGAGUUAUGUACAAACCUUUUUACCAAUUGGAACUGAUCUCAAGUCAAAAUUGAUCAAAUAUACUUGUGAUUGUACAUAUGUAUGUACAUGUUGCAUGCCAUACUAAAGUUUGUUGCAGCUCUUUGAUAUAAUUUUUAUUAGAAUAUCUGUCAAAAAAGCUGCUACUAACUUUUAAAUCGACUUUAUUUCGACUAUGAGCUAUAAUUUGGCUAUUUUUUAAGAAGAAAAAAUUCUAAGUAAAUAUUGUACAUUGAAAUCCAUUAAACAAUAAUAAAAAUACUUUUUUUAUUACUUAAUGUCUGUCGAUUCCGGCGAGAAAUUUUGUCAACAUAUUCUGACAA